AUGAGUUCCAUUUCACAACUGCUUCUCAAUGUGAAAAAAGCCCGCGCUGUCUUCAACAGCGCUGCCUUCAGUAGAGGGAGGAGGAAAUCAGAUACUGCAAGGAAUAAUCAACAAUCGUCUAGACACACUGCAUUUCCAUCUUCAGUGUCGUCAACAUCUGUUAUUCAACAUGUCAAUUUAGUACCCACUUCCUCUUCCUGGGAUCUCCUCCCUGUCGAGCUCCAGAUUAAGAUAUUCGCCCAUUGCGGAGUCACCGACCUUUUGGCCUUCAAGCUUGUCUGCCGGGCCUUUUACCAGAUUCUGACCUCUCAGGAGCACUUCAUCACUCGACAGUACCUCCGCCAACGCCGCCAUGGAACCCUUCCAUCUCCGAUAGAUAGCGAAAGAACGUACACUCGACACCCAGAAGAUGAUGUGGUGCUAUUAUCGGACCUCUUCCCACCCAUAACGAGCGCUAAGGGGGGCCACCUAUAUACAUACAGAUACAUACAUAGUCUCCGACGCCGCCAGAAACUCUGCUCGAAGCUGUGCUAUUACCUUGCUGACCGUGUCGUUGAUCGCUUUGUACGCAGCGAACCUGGGUUUAUGAAGUCGAGGUUCGCUUCGAGGUACGAGCGCAAUGACUUUGUGAAACGGGCAACUGCGACUUUUUGGUUCUAUCUAACACCGCUUAUGUAUUACACAUUAUACUUCCUUGAGACCUACAACCUCGCGAGAAGAGAGCAGACAAAUACCCUGCUACGAGAUUUCGAAGCCGGCCGGCUACCAGUUCCCAUACCUCCCGAUGUUCGCAAAACUAUGUAUCGAGACUUGCAGGUCCAAAUAAUUCGAUCUCCUCCCUUCACAGACUCCGCCACUCUCAUCUCCACUCACCAUUGCAUGCAACUUCUUGUGACAUAUCUACAACAUACCGUUCCACCAGAUGAACCCGGACCAUCGGAUGAUAGCUGGAUUGGAUCGUUACUCACCGUGUCGCCAUUCUUGCGAAUACUGGAAUAUUUCUCAGCCGAAAUCGGCGAUGGCCGAAAUCAGCGUAACCAGCGGAAAGAGUUCAUGCGUAAUUUCCAUAAUGACAUCACAUCUAAUGAAAAGGAUGACAUGAACUCGUUGGUUUUUGAGAGCGCCCCCAAUGUACAUGUGCACGGCUCUACCCAAGACGUCUGGUUUGAUGUUGUUAGCGAGGAAUUGGUUUUGAGAAGAGCCGUGCCGCAUAGGCCCGAGCAAAUUGUUGUUUGCGAUGGACUACCUGUAAUAUUUGGAUGCCUGCGCUGUCGAGACUUUGCAGGAUGGAGAGCGUGA